AUGCUUGACAUGCUUAAUAUCCGUGGACGACACCCAGCCACGCCCAGUGAGAAUGCUCUUCAGCUUGUGCACAUUACCGGGACGCUGUCUUGGCUGGAGAGCUUUCCCUAUGUACUGCCCUGCCACCUUGUGAAAGCGCUGCAGCCCCUUUCUGCAGCUCCCUUCUGCAGCUCCACCCACCCAAACGAACAACUCUACAUGCGAGAAAAGAGUUAUGGGAAGAAGAUCUCCGUAUGCAUUGUCAGCGGAUACCAAUCAUAA